AUCUAAAAAAAACCAGAUAAAAUAAUGACAGUUUCAUCAGUUUAAGAUUUCUCAAACUGGCUAUAGAUAGCUGCUAUAAAGGAUAAUUCCAGAAUUGUGGUACUGAUGAAGCAUUGCUGAUUCUGGGCAUUUAAGAGCUAUGUAGCUCAUAGGAUGAUGAGUCAGCCAUCAUUUGCAAAGUUUUUGCAUUGUAGAGGAAAACGGAUGUAAAUAAGACUUUAUAGUUAUAAUGUCCUCCUGAACAGAGACCGUGUAUUACAGAUAAUUCUGGUAUUCUGCAUCUUGAUUUAAAGGCUAGGACAGUAAAACAAGAUAAUUCCUAUGGACAGGUAGCUUAGCUUGUUUGAUGGUGCUUAAAAUUGUAAGUGUUUUAUGAAAAAUUGCCUGUGCAAACAACAACUCUCCCCAAUUUAGUGACUUGGAAUAGAGAAUGACAAAUGUGAUGAAGAUACAUCACCUUGUCUUUGAUACUUUUUAUUGUUGACACGCAACAAAAUUGGGUUACAUAGAACCAUUUUACAUCUGUGAACUGCCUGUGCCUUCAAAUGAUCAACUGGAAUCCCCUUAACGCAAAAUCCCAGCUUUUUUGGAUGGCACUGAAGCUACAGGAGAGGAUGAUAUGGCUUCUGCAAACUGAUCCAAAAUGGGGCGCAAAAAGAGUGAACGGAUGGAAAGGUUUUAGCUGAUGCAGAUGCAUUAAAAAUACUUCUGGAGAUGAAGAUGAAGAAGAGACAGAAGAAACCUAACCUUCCAAGCACCGUGACAGAAUUUGUGACCGAAGAUGGCUCCAAAGUUUAUGUCGUUGGCACUGCCCACUUCAGCGAUAGCAGCAAAAAAGAUGUAGUAAAGACAAUACAAGAGGUGCAGCCUGAUGUGGUCGUGGUCGAGCUGUGCCAAUAUAGAGUUUCUAUGUUAAAAAUGGAUGAAAGGACUUUGCUAAAGGAAGCCAAAGAGAUCAAUCUGGAGAAGCUUCAGCAAGCUAUAAAGCAGAAUGGGCUCAUGUCUGGAUUGAUGCAAAUGCUGUUGCUGAAAGUCUCUGCACAUAUCACGGAACAACUAGGAAUGGCUCCUGGAGGAGAAUUCAGGGAAGCUUUCAAAGAGGCGAGUAAAGUGCCUUUCUGCAAGUUUCAUCUUGGGGAUAGACCAAUCCCGGUCACGUUCAAGAGAGCCAUUGCUGCACUUUCUCUCUGGCAAAAAGUAAAGCUUGCUUGGGGCCUCUGUUUCCUGUCUGACCCAAUCAGUAAAGAUGACGUGGAGAAAUGUAAACAAAAGGAUUUACUAGAGCAAAUGAUGGCAGAGAUGAUUGGAGAGUUUCCAGAUCUUCACCGAACAAUAGUUUCCGAAAGAGAUAUUUACUUGACCUACAUGCUGAAGCAAGCUGCAAAACGAAUAGAACUACCUCGUGCUUCUGAAGCUGAACCUAGAAGAUGUGUCCCUUCUGUUGUAGUUGGGGUGGUCGGUAUGGGUCAUGUACCCGGGAUUGAAAAGAACUGGAACACUGAUUUGAAUAUCCAGGAAAUAAUGAGUGUGCCUCCUCCAUCCACCUCCAGUAAAAUCCUAAAGUUUGUUAUAAAGGCUACAGUAUUUGGACUGGUGGGCUACGGCUGCUAUCGGAUGGGACACAGGACAGUUCGGUUUAUUCUUUCUGUGCCCAUUGCACAGAACUAUCUUCAGAAACUGAUAGACGUAAAAUCUCAGCAUUGAGUUGGGAGACUCUGCAUCUGGUUGGGACAAAAUGGAAUGCACGUAAAACUGGAAAACAAGGAGAGAGAGUUUUUGUCCCAAAGUCUGUUCCGAUGCUGAGUUACCGCAUAAUCAGUGGAUUGGCAUUAAGUGCUACACCAGCUGUGAUCUAAAUAAUUAAAUGUUUUCCUAUCAAUCUAAUAAAAUGUGUGGCAUAAACAUAUAUGUCAAUAUAAGGUACCUAGAGUAUGUACACAUACAUUAUAUUAUUAUGUGUAUGUAGCAUAUUUAUACAGUAAUGACGAAAUAAUACAAUAUGCCCAAUAUUCUUCAACAUGAUCCACUGGUAACUCCCAGUAAGCACCCUUAAAACGAAUGAAGCCUUGCAGCAACACAGUUCUUCUCAUCGCUGAGGCUUGCACGGGAGAAAUGCUGGGUUUGCUGUGACCCUUGAUUUGUCUGUCAAAGGAACCGGAAAACAAUACGUGAACUGUGUUCCAAUUAGAAAGCACAGUGGCCCAUACGGUGUGUGUGUUUUCAUUAUAAGUAAUACUGAGUUAUAUUUCCUGGAGCCAAGCAACUCAACCUUUAGAAGGAUCUCUUCUUACCAGAAACCUUUUAUAUGUAGUGGCUUUUUUAAAAGACAAAAAAACCUGAACAAACUUUUGGAAUAUCACAGAUAUGCUGGCUAUUGUUGAUAAAACCAUUAUCUUUUGAAAGCCUUACUCGCUUUAAAAGUUGCCUUUAGCAUUACUAAGCGGGCAUGAUCCAGCCAAAAUUAAGCACUUUAAAGUCCAAUCCAGAUAGGCAGAAGGCUUAUACACUUCCCAUACAGGAGUGCAGAACCUUGGCUGGGUCAUGCUUUUGCUUUUAGGCCUCCACAAAACAAUCUUUUUUUCUUUUUCCUUAAAUGAAAAAUUUAGCUGCAGUCUAUCUGCCUUUUUUUUCCCUUUUUGAGUUUCUGUUAGAAAACCUAAGUUUACAGGACUCUCAGUUCCUUUUGGCAUGAAUGUCAGUGUUUCAAAAUUGCUGAGAAAAAUAUACAUUUAUGCUGUAAACGUUUUCAUUCCUUUCAUUCCUCCUUUUUGGAAAAAAAUAAAUCUGGAACAGCUGUGUAUGUUGAAUUUAUCCUUCAUUUCUUGAAUACUAUGUGAGCUAUUAUCACAAUUCCAUGUGAAUGUAAUAAAAUACCAAUUAAAAG